CUAGAACGAGGCCAGUUUAGAACCACCAAUUUCAUUUCUUAGCAGGACCCUCUUUCAAGUGGCUAAGGCUCACUCCAGGUUGGCAGUCCAUCUAUCACUCGUUUCCUUCAUAAAUAUUAAAACAAACACUUCAUCUUCAUCUUCAUCUUCAUCUUCAUUCUCUAGUCUCCACCUCUCCACUGUCCAGACCAACCAAUCCAUUAUCAAAACAUGGAUUUGUGGUCAUGGAUAUGUGAACUCCCAAGCUCGGAUGAGUGGGUCGAGUCAAACUCCCCACUCGUCUUCAAGCUCGCGAUCGAGGAAGAUGCCAAACACAACACCCAGAAAUUGAUUCUUUUCCAAGCAGAACGAACUUCAGGUUCCAACACAGAAGCUCUUGUGACUUUCUCAAUUUCCCUUGAGGGAUUCUACUACCCUUCCCAAAACCCAAACAAAACCCUGUGGGUAUCAGACCCUUGUCCACUCUCCGCAGACAAGCCCUUCCUCCCACUUCUCCUGCAACUCCUCCAAGAAAUCAUAGCCCGCGCACCUAUAGCGUACGAUACCACUUGCCCCCGCUCCCAAUUGCAGAAGCUCAAACCAGAACCGGUUUCGUGGAUUCUCGACUCUCACUCUCCCGAGUCGUUCUCCACCUUCUUCAACCUGGUCUUCCUCUGCCGUCUCUUCUGGCUCUGCGUAUGUGAUGCCCCUGCAGAAGCCGGCUCCCUCUACAUGGAAUCCUUGCUGGGUCCGAACCUAAGCGCUUUAUCUACCUGUAAGCAUGUACUGAGAACUUUCUUGACUUCGAUAGGAGUGGACGGAGAACUGUGCUUCAUGCACACCCUUGGGUACAUGUUAGCCAAGUGGCUGAUCUUAAGAGGAGAAGCAGUAGCAGUAAAUUCUCAAUCACCGUACAAGAACAACCUGCGCCUGGGGUUCUCGUACGCCACUGAAUCUCACGGGCUCUGGUCCUUGAAGGGAUACGCUCCGGUGUUAUCGAUGACCCGUAUUGGUGGCUCCGAUCAUGAUCAGUAUCCGGUGCUGAAGGGGAAGGACUUCGUUCUAACGUACGCACUGGCGCAUCAGCAACUGGAGGCCGUUAUCCAGCUGGAGUACACGGUGGAGUUUCAUGAGGGCUUUAUCCAGGUGACCGCACGUGUCGACAACCUACGCUUCCACGUAUCCAAGCUGAGUUUCAGCACGAACGAUAACAGUAACGGUAACUACGAUGAGGAGAGGCAUUUCCCGUCGAGGAUACGAGUAUGGGUUGGACCGGAGAUCGGGGCAACCUACGUGGCUGGGCUGAGCCUGGGCCGGUCCACGGACAACCCGGAGAGAGAAGUGAAGACGCAGAAGGUCGUGAAGGGCAAUUUCGGAAAAUCAAAAUCAUCGUCCCUGCCGAGAUUGAAGGCGACGGCGAUAACGUCGACGAGGAAGACGAUGAAGAACUGGAAAUGGGAGCAGGACGCAGAGGGGAAUGCGGCGGUGUUCGAGGCGGUUUUGUGCGAUAACACGAGCGGAGACGAGGUGGUCACUUGGAAGCCUAGAGGGGUUGGUGGAGAUCCGAAGACGAAGAAUGGUAUUUUCAGGAAGAGAUACUCUGGAGCGAGUAGGACCUUCAACAAGUCAGGAAGCGUUGUGUUUGCGAGGGACGAGUAUGGGGAAGAGGUCGGGUGGAGGCUGAGCAAGGAUAUGGAAGGUAGCGUGCUCAAAUGGAGGAUCGGAGGGAAGGUUUGGCUGAGCUAUUUCCCCUGCGAUGUACAAAGUUCUCAUUUUGAGACGAGGUGUGUAGAUUGGUGCGAUGAGGUCGACUUGCCCUUAAUUCCACCGGGGAAUUAAACUUAUAAUUUGAACCCUCUGUGUAGAAACUAGAAAGAUAGACGUUUCUUGUACUUGUUUUACUUUGUUAUCAGAAACCUGUGUAAGAACAAAUCUGUAAAGAAAUCACCUUCUCCCUUCUCUAAGAUGCAUUUAAUCGUAUUGUUAAGUUGAGUUUACAAGAUUUA